AUUAUUUCAGAACAGGAAAACCAGUUGUAAACAGCUAAUGAUAUGUUUGUCUCUAGAGUUUUUAUGUUGCAAUGAUAAGAGGACUGUAAGAAGAGCUCACAGCAUGAGAUGUGGAUUCUGACGGCUUUGUGCUAUAAUCCCUUAAGAAAAUUCUGCUUGCUGAAAUCAGGAGAGGCCUCAUUUUAUCAUCCGCAAAAGAGAUUAACAGCUUCUUUUGUAAAAAGAAUGGGAAAUUUGUUCUCAGAUUCCAAAGAUCUCCACAAUGGUGAAUCUGUGAAAAUAAUAGAGGAGGCCAUCUCCAGUAACUGUGUAGUCAUUUUCUCUAAGACUACCUGUCCAUAUUGCACAAUGGCAAAAGAGGCAUUUGAUGAUAUAAAUGUGCAUUAUAAGACAAUCGAGUUAGAUCAAAUAGAGAAUGGAAGUCACCUGCAAUCUGCGCUUCAUGAGAUGACUGGAGCCAGAACAGUGCCGAGAGUUUUCGUCAAUGGAACCUGUAUAGGAGGUGGGACUGAAACCAGGAAAUUAAGUCAAGAGGGAACGUUACUUCAACUUGUCCAACAAUGUAACCUCACGGCUGGCCAGAGUUGACCACGAAGAUGUACAUCAACAUUUGCAGAAUAGUAUGCAUGAUUCUUAACGGACUUUCUUCCU